AUGCCUUCUCUCAGGACGCUCAGUAAAUUCGCUUUCAGCGGUGCUCAGGUGCUACUUGGUGGUGUGGGGACCCAGAGGGUGAUGGGCGCGUACACACAGAGUUGUCCGGCCCCCCAGUUGAGCUGCCAUAACACUACCGUUGUGGAGAACUUGUGUUGCUUCAAUGCGCCAGGAGGACAAAUACUGCAGACACAGUUUUGGGAUACAACCCCGGCCACUGGACCGGAGGAUAGCUGGACUCUCCAUGGCUUAUGGCCCGACCGCUGCGAUGGUACAUACGAUGCCAACUGCGACCCGUCGCGCGCUUACUCCAACAUAUCCGCUAUUAUAUCCUCAUUCGGCGCCACUGAACUCCUCAACUACAUGUCCACGUACUGGAAAGACUACAAAGGCGAUGACGAAAGCUUCUGGUACCACGAGUGGGCCAAGCACGGCACCUGUAUUUCCACCUUGGAGCCCGAGUGCUACACCGACCACAAGGCUACUGAGGAGGUCGUUGACUACUUCCAGAAAGCGGUAGAUUUGUUCAAGCAACUGCCUAGUUAUGAGUGGUUGAAAGCAGCAGGCAUCGAACCGAGCACCGACAAGACGUGGACGUUUGCACAGAUACAGAGUGCGCUCGCUGCGAAGAGGCCGGGUGUGGAGGUCACCUUGGGUUGCAAGAGUGGUGCAUUGAAUGAGAUAUGGUAUCAUUACGAUGUGCGCGGGUCGUUACAGACAGGCGAAUUUGUAGCGUCAGACCCAGAUGGCACGAAGAGCACAUGCCCGCAGAGUGGCAUCAAGUAUCUUCCCAAGAAUGGCGGCUCGACACCUCCUCGCACUACAACUACUGUAGCUUCUCCACAGCCUACGAGCACGUCUGCGCCCGGUACGCCCUUCAGUGGCCGUGGAUAUCUCAAUGUGCUGGUCAAUGGAUCGAAGAAGGGUUGCAUCAUCUCCAAGGGGGGUUGGUACGCGACUGGCACCUGCGCCACGUUUACCGCUUCAUCGGUUGACAAUGGCUUCACGCUCUCGAGCUCAAAGGGCAAGUGUGGCAUCAUUAGCGGGGCAUUGACGUGCGAUAACACGGUGACCGCUGCCACAGGGUUUACCAGUGUGAGUGGCAACUUGGCAGUUGGUGGAAGUGCGAAUUGGAGCGCGGAUAAGGCUGCCUCCGGGAGCACGCAACAGUCGGUUUAUGCCGGCGCAGAUCAUUCGACAACGUUCGCGAUCUCAUGGCAGAGUGUAUAA